UAAUUAUUAUUGUUAAUAAAGGCAAUUUUGCAACUUUUGUUUACCAAUAUGGCGCCUCGAUCGACAUAACCUCAAAUAAAAUUUAGCCUCAAAAUAGAAUGAGUUUACCAACAGAUUUUGGCCCCGAUUCCGGCGGCAGGCUCAAAGGAGUGUGUAUCAUCAAACCCAUCGUCUACGGCAACAUAGCUCGUUAUUUUGGUAAAAAACGUGAAGAAGACGGCCACACUCACCAAUGGACGGUUUACGUGAAACCCUACAACAACGAAGACAUUUCCUGCUACGUGAAAAAAGUGCACUUUAAGCUUCAUGAAAGUUACGCCAAUCAGAACCGGAUUGUGGUGAAGCCACCUUAUGAAAUCAGUGAAACGGGAUGGGGCGAAUUUGAAAUUGUUAUAAAAAUACAUUUCCACGAUCCAAAUGAGCGACCUGUGACUGUGUAUCACAUUUUGAAACUUUUCCCUUCUGGGGGAACUAUGGAUAUUGGAAUGGAGCAAGGGAAGGGCUUACUUUCGGAAAGUUAUGACGAAAUCGUCUUCCAAGAUCCAACUCAGUUGAUGCAUCACUUACUAACAAACACAAAACAAUUGACACUAGGGAGGUGGGAGCACAAUACAAAUUUUGAAGAAAAGAAAGAAAAAACCCUAAAGAGUAUAACUGACGCUAAACAAAAAGUGAAAAAAGAGAUUGCCGUGUUAAAAAAUAGGUUGAAGUUGGCUCGGGAAACGAUAUCACAGUUCAAGGACGAAAUUGCUAAGUUACAGGAUGGUCAAUUUGCUUAGUACCAAGUAAGAUAAGACUAAUUUUGUAUAUUUAUUUAAUAGUAAAUAAUAAACUUCUGAAUUUCUAA